AUGCAAGAAAAGGAGGAUAGAGCGGUUGUUGUGCGUGGGAAGGCGUUUUAUUUCGAGUCUCCAGCAAUGCAUUCCCCGAUAGCUCGGUGGUUAGAGCGCGAAUUUACUGACCGGAAGGUCUGUGGCUCGAACGCGACCUCUGCCUCUCGACACCCUCUGUCUAGGCUUGGGCAACCUGGCACUAACCCAGCCCUCUUGUAA